AUGAUUAUCACUUCUAUCAUUCUCGCCCUAGCGCUUGUCGGCAAUGGCGCAGACGCUGCCUUCGGCUUAACAACUACGAGCGAUAGAUAUAAAGUCGAUACAAAUGGUGGUCUAGUGUUCGAGGUCAACAGAGCAAACGGAGAUGUAACGAGCUUGUUGUUUAACGGCGUCGAAUACCAAGGGUCAGGCAAAGCAUCCGCCAUCAACUCCGGCCUUGGAACGUCUCAGGUGUCGGCGGAAACUCUCGAUAACAAAUACGUCAAGAUCACUGCUAAAUCGAGCUCGCUACCAGUUACUCAAUACUAUGUGGCUAAGCCGGACGAUGCGACCAUCUAUAUGGCGACUUACAUCACCGGGGAAGUUGAUCCGGGUGAGCUUCGAUGGCUUGCCCGCUUGCGACAAGAAAGCUUGCCCACAGGUGUGCACGGGGACGUCGGUAACAAUAUCGGGUGUACCGCAUUCGAAGGUUCCGAUACAUUUAAAUGUUCCAACGGACAGACGCGAUGCAAGAUGUACACUUCAGAUCGGUUCAUCGACGAUCAAAUACACGGAGUAUCCGGAUCUAACGUGGCUGUGUGGAUGAUCAUGCCCGGCACAGCAUACGAGACUUCGUCCGGCGGACCAUUCAUGCGCGACAUCAACAGCCAGACUGGUAGCAGCGAUCAAGAACUUUACUGGUAUAUGAAUAGCGGUCACGUUCGGACCGAGGCCUGGCGCUUCGGGUUGAUGGGGCCAUAUGCCAUGAAAUUCACCAAGGGAGACGAACCUUCGGCAGACCUAGACACGUCCUUCUUUGUGGACCUUGAUAUCGAGGGUUACGUUCCCGCAAGCCAGCGCGGCUCCGUCUCCGGCUCCGUCUCCGGAGUUCCGGAUGCUUUCGAGGCCGUCGUUCACUGGUACAACGACAAAUCCCAAUAUUGGACCAAAGCCACCGGCGGCUCGUUCAAAUCACCCUUGAUGAAGCCCGGGACGUACACCAUGAAAUUGUAUAAAGGGGAGUAUGAGGUAGCCCAAGAUACGGUGUCCGUCACGGCCGGUAGCGACGCGACCAAGAACAUCGCCUCCGCGGAGCCGAAUCCUUCGGUAGUCUGGCGCAUCGGAGACUUCGACGGUCGGCCGCAAGAGUUAAAAAACGGGGAUAAGAUCGAGCGGAUGCAUCCGAGCGACGUCCGGAUGAGCUCUUGGGGGGGUACCUUUACGGUCGGCCAGUCGUCUCCACGCAACUUUCCCAUGGCCCUAUUCUCCAAGAGCGGCGGCACGGCCAAGGUGAAUUUCGACCUCGCUUCCAAUCAGGUUCAGGAUCUUGUAUUGAGGGUGGGGACGACGCUCUCCUUCAAAGGGGGACGUCCGUCGGUAGCCAUUGGUAGCUGGACCGGAAAGGAUCCCGGUGCUCCGAAACUUAUCGACUCGAGGGGAGUAACUCGCGGUGCCUACCGAGGAUAUGGCGAAGUCUACAACUGGACCGUCCCGGCGAGCGCGUUGAAGAGCGGGCAGAAUACGCUGACGAUUGGCGUUUACGGUAGUGGAGAUCAAGAUUUCCUGAGUGCGAAUUAUAUUGUGGAUGCCAUCGAACUUCAGGGACCGGCAGCAACCUAGCUAGGCACUACCUGGGCAGCCUGCGUAGGUACCUACCUUCCAAGGAGGUGAGGGCGCAAGAUUGCGGACGCCACUUCACGAAUGGGAAAAUCCGUAAGCCACCUUCGGGGUAGGAUGGCUGUAUGACGUAAGACGAGUUUUGUCUCUUGUAAGACAGGAAUGCGUGAAAUAAUUGUCAUCUAUAUCCUUGGCUUAAAGUCAUGCUCUUUUGUGUUUUUUUCUUUUUCUCACCUCUGCUUGGCUCUGCAUACGAAGGGCUCCCGGGAUAUGCUACCUGCCAGGAAGUCAAGCGGAUCAUGAGAAGACUAACGAUGCGCUGGUAGCAU